CUUUAUCUAUGGAAAAUUCCGAAAUUCCAAUACACCUCCCCUCUCCCUGAUCAACCCGUUGAUUUUCCUUCAUACUGAUCACAAUAACAAUAAUAAUAAUAAUAAUAAAUAAAUAAAAUCAAAGUGUUCCGUGUACGAAACCGCUGUGGAUUUCAGUGACCGCCACACUCGACGCGCGCGCAACGGUCGUUCAAGUGUCCCGAAUUCCGAUCGUGUGCGCAUUAGGUGUUAAUUUCGUUUUCCUUCAAUAAAUGUCGCCCAACGUCUAUCUAUGAUGCCCGCAACAACCGUAAACGGCAUCGCCAGACACCAGAAACUGGCCGCUGUUAAUAUAAUUAUCGGAAAACGCCAAUGGAACUUGGUGCCAUCCUGAUCUAUUAGGCGGACUUUUUCGCCAGGUCCUCCAAAUAAUAAAAAAGUGCUUCCCGAGUGUUUAAAUUCGUUAUAUAUUAUAUUAUAUUAUAUUCAUUUUUUUUUACUAUAGUUUUGUUUUGUAUUUGUGCAAAGCUCGAUUUUAUUAAGAAAUAAAUUAUCAACGAGGUUGUGAAUUUAUAGUUAGUAUGUGUUAAUAAAGUGAUAUGUCAGUACGUUUGUCCAGCGGGUGUUUGCCCGCAAAUGGUGAGAAACCACCUCCGCCUUCAUCAGAUAUAGUUGAUUCAAAUGGCCAACAGAACAAUUUGCAGGAACAUCAACAACACCAUCACCACCAACAACAGCAACAACCUAGGAGUAAUAGCAUGGACUAUUUAAAUUUCGAGGAAAAGAGACAAAUAAUUGCAUCUUCUUUGUCAUUAACGGAUUUUUUACACACUAGUGGUACAGCUACUACCCCGACAUCACCUACUACUGGCAAGUUUAUUAUUGCCAAGAAGCAAAAUGGUACAGCACUUCGAACUAAUAGCUUAGGGUCAGGAACGCGUACCAGUCCAUUGCAGUUGGAUCGAAAACCACCCAGCAAGUUUUCUGCAUUAGGUAAACUUUUCAAACCGUGGAAAUGGAAACGAAAAAAGAAAUCAGAAAAAUUUGAAACAACAUCUAGAAAUUUGGAAAGAAAGAUCUCAGUGCGAGCUAAUCGAGAUGAAUUAAUUCAAAAAGGAAUCCUGUUUUUAGAUAGUCCAAUGGCUCAAACACAUACGAUCUCUGAAACUGAUAAUUCUCCCCAAGUAAAUCAAAUUUCAAGUGCAACAACUACUUGUGUUACCGUCACUCCUACUAUUGGUUCGUCAAUGCUUUUUCAACAGCAACAAAACAGAUAUUCUAAUCAAUUUAUGAAUGACUUGAACAAAGAUAACAAGACUGAAAUGGUGCAAGACCAUAGUGAGCCGGUAGAAUUAAAUUUUGAACAGCAGCAACAGCAACAACACAUAGCUGAACAGCCUAGUAGCUCAAAACCUGAGCGACCCAACUCUUUAACUGGUCCUGGUGGUACGCUCACCAGACGCUUGUUCUGUUACCAUGCACCUAAUCAGUCAUUAUUGGCAGGAUCAGGUCAGUCACCCACCAGACCUCCCAAUUCAUUAUUGCCAUCAGGUUGUGAAUCCCCUAAAUUAAAUUGUGAUAGGACAUCAUCAAUGGUUAUUACUGGACAAAACAUGUCGCAGAUGGCCAGUGGGGUAAGGACAGGCUAUUAUCAUUCCAGUCCUAGGAUGAUGUACAAUAAUUAUCCUGGACAUUCAUCAUUAAUGCUUUCUGAUUUACCCGAACCCCCUAUACCGGUAUCUGAAGUUGGGCCUAUACCUCCACCGCCCAUGUUCAGUUCACCAACUCAGCAAUCAUAUUUAUAUCAACAUAAUGAUCGUCAGAAUCAUCGUUCCAAUGAUAACAAUGAUGAGGAAAUGGAAAUGACAACAAAUGAAGAUGAUUAUGAUGAUGAAGACUAUGAUGAAGAGGAGGAAGAUGAUGAUGACGAUGAAGAAGAAGUAGAUGAUGAUGAUGAUGAUUCCAAUGGAUUUAGAAUAAGAAAUCGUCACAGUUUUCCUAGUCAUAUAGAACAGAUUCCUGCUAAAGAGCCUGUUUUUAAUGCACAACCUCUGAAGUCGGCAUUGAAAAAACCAUCAACACCUAAUCAAAGUCAACAGGAAUCAUCACAAUUGCUCAACAGAAGGGUUCCAUUAAAGCCCAGGAUACGUUUUUGUGGUGCUAAUCGUCCAGUAGUAUUUGGAAUUACAUUACCUUGUUCAUUACAAGAAAAUAAAGAAAACGCUAGACCCAAUGAGUCUAGUGAUGAUGAUAGUUCAGGUGAUGGACCUAUAUUAUAUAGAGAUGAUAAUUUAGACAAUCGAUUGGCUGAAAAAAUUGCAAGAAAAGAUAGUCUUGCUAUUAAACUGGCUCUACGUCCUGAUCGACAAGAGCUCAUUAAUCGCAAUAUUCUUCAAGUUCAAAGUGAAAAAGAGCGACAAGAAACUAAAGAAGUCAUUGGUGCUCGUCUUAUUAGACGUUUGAGCAUGAGACCAACUCAGGAAGAACUUGAAGAAAGAAACAUCUUAAAAAAACAAACAGCAGCAGAAGAAAAAAAGUUGAAAGAAGAAAAGAAACGUAUGUUGUUAAGAAAAUUAAGUUUUAGACCAACAGUUGAUGAAUUGAAAGAAAAAAAAAUUAUUCGAUUCAAUGAUUACAUAGAAGUAACUCAAGCACAUGAUUAUGAUCGGCGAGCUGAUAAACCAUGGACACGGUUAACAACCAAAGAUAAAGCAGCUAUACGAAAAGAACUUAAUGAAUUUAAAAGCUCGGAAAUGGAAGUACAUCAAGAAAGUAAACAUCUCACUAGGUUUCACCGACCAUGAUUGUUUUAUGUCAUAAAUACAAUUAAAAAGGCAAGAAGAAAAUUAAAACAAAUUGGCUGCUAUUUAAUCUUGUUUAGAUAAAAAGUAGUUUUUAAAUACACAUGUAUUAGUAAAUUAAAUAUUUAAAAAUCAACAAAAGUAUUUAAUAAUCUAAAAAUGUAUUGAACAGACUUUUAUCAAGUGAUAGAGAAAAACAUUUAUAUUAAUUAUAAAUAUUAGAAUAUCCUUAUUUUGACGAAAAGCUUUUGUCCGUCCACAUAGUGAUUGUGUGCAAUAUUUAUUACGCAUUAAAUCUAAUAUAUAAAAAAAAACAUAAUAAUUAAUGUACUAAUAAUUACUACUUCUGCUUCUUUUACAUUCCCCUAAGUGCUCUCCCUCAUCAUACUAAAUAAUUUUUUUUUUUUUUUGUUAUUGUUCGCAAGUUCAAUAUUAAAAUAAUUUAUUGUACAAUUACCAUGUUGAAAAUGAAAGCUCAUUGUUUUGUUUGUUUUUCCUUUUUUUUU